AAAUAAGUGUAUUAGAAAAGGGACUAAAUUUCAAUGUAUCAGUGGACAAGCUGAAACCUGAGGAUGUCAUUCCUAAACCCUAAAAUAGAAAUAGCACUAAAUUGGAUAGACAAAACAACAGCUGAAGAAGUACGUGCACAAUGUGCACUUACAUUAAAACGACAAAAAUGUGGAAAGCCUAACCUGACAAAACAAGAGAUAGAAGCCCUAAAACACCUUAAGAAUAACAAAGAUAUAGUAAUCACAAAGUCACACAAAGGAAAUGCAACAGUAAUAUUAGACAAAUUAGACUACACGGACAAGGUAAAUACUCACAUACAAACAGGACCAUAUGAGGAAAUUAAUAAAUCAAUAGACAGUUAUGAAUAAAGUUAAGAAAUCCACA